AUGUCCAUCUAUUCAGAGGCCCCGGAGCUGUGGCCCUUCCGGCGCGACAAGCCGACGCUGCUUGUCUGCUGGUGGGCCACAUCCUUUUGCGCCCUGAUGAUCCUGCUGCGGAUAGCCGGCCGCUUCAUUCGCACGGAGAGAUUGUUCCUCGAGGAUAGGAUCGCCGCGCUUGCACUGAUUCCGCUGGUCAUGCGUAUGGCCUGCGUCCAUUUUAUCCUCAUCUUUGGAACCAACAACGCCGAUUUCAGCAACGUGGUUCUCACCGACGACCAAAUACAUCAGAAAUCCGUCGCCAGCGGUUUGGUCUUGGCCAGCCGCUUCUUUUAUGCUGCGACGCUAUGGAUCCUCAAGCUCGCCAUCUUGGAGUUCUUGAGAAGACUUACCGGCCUGACGUGGGAGCGGUCACACCAGACGACGCUCAUUGCCAUCCGCUGGAUUUUGCUCGUCACCUUCAUCGCCGUGGUUAUUAGCGACUUGGCCGAAUGCCGGCCGUUUCGAUUUUACUGGCAGGUGCUACCCGAUCCAGGUGGCCAGUGCCGGCAGGGUUACGCGCAGCUCAUCACCAUGGCCACGUGCAACAUUUUCACGGACCUCCUCCUUGUCUUCUUCCCCAUCCCGAUCAUUUUGCGCAGCCAAAUGUCCAUCAAGCGGAAGAUUCAACUGGUCCUGCUCUUUUCAUUGAGCAUUCCUGUUGUCGCCGUCACCAUCUACCGCAUACCCCGCACGCUCGAGGAGCAGGGCCGGCAACAAUUUCGGUCUCUCAUGGCCUCAGUGGAACUCAUCUUCGCCACCGCGGCAGCAAAUGCUCUCGUUCUCGGCUCGUUCGUGCGAGAUCGUGGUGUAAAGAAGCAAAAGUUCCGACGCAACUCGGCCGCCGACUCGUUCGAUCGGUCCAGCGGCCCGCGGCGGCCCACGCUGCACCGACAAUGGGGCAGUGACGAGGACCUCGUCAGGGACGUCGGUUUGAGUGUCGACCCCGAGCUUCGGCAGCGGCCGAGGCAUACCGAGGGCCAGUACUUUGCCCCUGCCCCGAUGGUGCCGCACCGCGAGGGGAGCGAGUCGAAGCAACAUCGAAGCCACACUACGCACAGCGAUGACUCGCUUCUGCAGCACGAACCUCUUGCCAAGAGCGAAUCGACGCCGGGGAAAAGCGGUCUUUCAUUUCUGGACGUGGGUGGGCUGCUGGAUAGCUCCGUGGGCAGCAGCAGUGGCAGUUACCGGAGAGGGAGUUAUGCGCCGUCUACCCCCGACCCGAGCUCGCCACGCGCUGCGCCUCCUGCUACGGUGUCUGCGGGAACCUCGGGAGUGCGCAGAGGCUCGACCGCGUUGCUGCAGGACCUCGGGGGCCUCCUGAGCCCACUCAAUACCCGCUCGUCGAGGGCGCGGACCAGGAAUGGUACUGAAUUGCAAACGAUUCCUCAGAGCCGCCCGACGAACUCGGCACGCAACCAUAAAAGCGAAGGCAUGGAACUGAUGGAUCCUGGCGGCCUCCUCAAGUGA